GGAGAUAUUUUCUCAAGAAAAAGAUAAAAUAAAUAAAAAGCUAAGUUCACGAGCUAAACCAUGUCUUCUUCUUCUUUCUCUGCAACUCUCUCUCGUUCCUAAAUUAAAAACCCUAGAAAUUUUAUUGGUGUAAAGAGUAUACUACUUUAAAAUAAGUAAGUAAGGUUUCACGGGAUUGAACUUGUUUGUUAUCAUCAUUUAUCUCACGCACCUAUCAAUUUCUUCAACUAAUUUUACAGGUGUUUUGAAUCCUAUGAUUAAUUUCAAGACACGUCAACUAGUUUGAUCAAAAUUAGGGUUUUUGUAUCUAGUCUAGAAAUGUACGAAUAAGUUUGUGUGUUUUGACAAACAAGGAAAAACGAGGUCUGCGUUUGUUUGAAUUUUGAUGGAUCAUCGAUCUCAGCUCACUAUUGGUCCUGGAAUGGAUUUGCCUAUAAUGCAUGAUAGUGAUUGUUAUGAACUUGUUAAAGAUAUUGGUUCAGGUAAUUUUGGUGUAGCUAGGUUAAUGAGAGAUAAAGUAACUAAAGAACUUGUUGCUGUUAAGUAUAUUGAGAGAGGCGAAAAGAUAGAUGAGAAUGUACAAAGGGAAAUUAUUAAUCACAGGUCUCUGAGGCAUCCCAAUAUCGUUAGGUUCAAAGAGGUUAUCUUAACACCAACUCACCUGGCUAUUGUGAUGGAAUAUGCAUCUGGCGGGGAGUUAUUUGAGCGUAUAUGCAAUGCAGGACGUUUCAGUGAGGAUGAGGCUCGUUUCUUUUUCCAACAACUAAUAUCAGGAGUUAGCUACUGUCACGCAAUGCAAGUAUGUCACCGUGACCUGAAACUGGAGAACACACUGUUAGAUGGAAGUGCCGCACCUCGUUUGAAGAUAUGUGAUUUUGGAUACUCUAAGUCCUCAGUGCUAUUAAUGAGAAAAUUCCUUCUUCUUAACUUUGUUUGCUUUUUCCAGUCCUCAGUGCUGCAUUCACAACCAAAAUCAACCGUUGGAACCCCUGCGUACAUUGCUCCUGAAGUAUUGCUCAAGAAGGAAUACGAUGGAAAGAUUGCGGAUGUAUGGUCAUGUGGGGUGACGUUAUAUGUCAUGCUGGUUGGUGCAUACCCUUUCGAGGAUCCAGAGGAACCGAAAAACUUCCGCAAGACGAUACAGCGAAUUCUGAGUGUCCAGUAUUCAAUUCCUGAUUAUGUUCACAUUUCUCCCGAGUGCCAACAGCUGAUAUCCAGGAUUUUUGAUGCCAACCCCUCCGCAAGGAUAACCAUGCCUGAGAUCCAAAACCAUGAGUGGUUUCUAAAGAACCUCCCAGCAGAUCUUAUGAAUGAGAACACAAUGAACAGCCACUUUGAAGAACCUGAUCAACCAAUGCAGAGCAUUGAUGAAAUCAUGCAGAUCAUUGCCGAGGCCACAAUACCUGCUGCUGGGACCCGGAGUCUUGAUCCUUAUUUUACUGGCAGCCUGGAUAUGGAUGACGACAUGGAGGACCUAGAUACCGACCCGGAGCUCGAUAUUGAUAGUAGUGGGGAGAUCGUGUAUGCAAUGUGAUUAUGUCUAGGAUUACUGUAUGUAAAAACAAGAAGAACCAAUAGAAAGAGCUUGUCACGACAAGGUUUGAUGAACGCGUUUGCCAGGAAAAAAAAGGGUAAACUGAUGAUGUUGGUUGGUAUAAAUAUAGAAGAUGGCAGGAAAUGAACGUAAGUAUGGUGGUGAUAACCCCACUUGAUUAACUACUGCAUCCUGUGUCCAGUUACUUGUUGUUAGUGUUUUCACAUGUUUAUAUUACACCUUUUAGACAUGUAUGUAAUGUAUGUAUGUAAUGUAUGCAUGUAUUUAUUUGCUUUGUACUAGGGGUUGGGCCAUGAUUUGGAUAUUUCACUGGGUUCUGUGAAAAUUCAUUUCUCUCCCUUUUUUUUUUUUUUUUUUUCUGAAGCAUCCUUUGUUCUUGUUAUUGUCUGUCUCUUGUUUUGUUUUUAUCCUCCUAUAGUGCGGGGAUAUUAUACUCCAGUAACUCUACCCUUUUAUACAUAGUUAUUGAACAGUUUCUACCU